UGCGUUCGAUUUUUCUGGAAAUUGCCACAAUGUAUUUGGUAAAUGGGGAGACGAUGCUAAAGGAGAUAAGAAGAAUUGGAUUUGUAUGCGAGAAGCCCGAACAGCAGUUAGCUUCAAUGGAUAUGAAUACACAUUCUACAACCCAACCAAUGCUAACAAUCGUUUAAACUUUACAAGACGCAAACCAAGUUUGUAUAAAUGGGGGCGGUACAUUGGCUGAAAUAUUAUCACAGGAUGUUCAAAAUAUGAUUAAUGAGCAACUUGGUGGGAUGGAAGAUUCUAUUGAUGAAAAUACAUGGGAGGGGGUUUGGUUGUUGGGUUAUUGGGUUGGGGCUAAAUGUGAUGGGGGAAACGAUAUAUGGAAGUGGGGGGAUGGUUCAGAACUUGAUGGUGGCUUUACCAACUGGUACACUGGUGAACCAAAUGGGAAUGGUUUGUUAGUUGGAAAUAACAACCAAGUAGGUGCUUAUGUCUUUCCUGUUAGUGAAAUUGGUUUAUCUGCUGAUACAUUGGGUAAAUGGGGCGAUGAUUUAAGAACAAACAAGAAAAACUACAUCUGUCAAUCAAAGCCAUGUAUUUGGAAUCCUUGUGUAAAUGGUGGGCAGUGUGUAAGUUCAGGCCAUGAUUAUUCCUGUAAAUGUUUGGCUGGUUAUGAUGGAACUCAUUGUGAGAUUGACAUAGACGAAUGUGCCUCAAAUCCUUGUCUUAAUGGUGGGACCUGCACAGAUGGGGUGGCUAGUUUCACUUGUGCAUGUGUUAAUGGGUAUACAGGAGCUGACUGUUCAACAAACAUAGACGACUGUACCUCAACGUCUUGUCUUAAUGGUGGGACCUGCACAGAUGGGGUGGCUAGUUUCACUUGUGCAUGUGUUAAUGGAUAUACAGGAACAAAUUGUGAAACAGACAUAGACGACUGUGCCUCAAUGCCUUGUCUUAAUGGUGGGACCUGCACAGAUGGGGUGGCUAGUUUCACUUGUGCAUGUGUUAAUGGGUAUAUUGGAGCUGACUGUUCAACAAACAUAGACGACUGUGCCUCAACGCCUUGUCUUAAUGGUGGGACCUGCACAGAUGGGGUGGCUAGUUUCACUUGUGCAUGUGUUAAUGGAUAUAUUGGUGAUAUAUGCGAGACAGAUCUAUGCGAACCCAACCCAUGCAACAAUGGAACAUGUAACCACGCACAUGCGGGAUAUCAAUGUAUUUGCCAAGAUGGAUAUGUUGGUGAUCAUUGUGAAACAGAUCUGUGCGAACCCAACCCAUGUAAUAACAGUGGUAGUUGUGUGAGGGUUGUUGGGAGUUUUACUUGCGAUUGUCAACCUGCUUUCAUGGGACAACUUUGUGCUGAAGCGAAAUUUGAAGAAAAUGAUUUAAAUGAAAACCUUCUUCAUAUAAAUUAUCAAGCCAGCAGUUUGUCAUCGUUUUCCAAAUCAAGCGAUCUGUGUGAAUUAAACAAACAAGCGGGGCUUGUUAUUAUAAAAGAUUUAGAAACACAACAAGUUAUUGAAAAGCAAACAAGUUCAAUGUAUAAUGGUGAGGGGGUGCAACUGUGGAUCGGAGCCAAGAAAACAAACGAUGGUUGGUUCUGGUUGGAUGGAAGUCACAUGACCUUCCAAUACUGGAGCGAAACAGGAAGUGAUGUCAUGGGGAGUUGUUUGAAGAUGAUCAGCCAAUCAGGAAGCGAGGAAUUACGAUGGCUUCCCGGGGAUUGUGAUGAAACAAUGGGUUAUAUUUGUGAACAGCCAAUAAACCUUGUUGAUCCUUGUGGACUGGUUGAAUGUUACAACAGUGGGACUUGCACAAGUAGUGGGGCUCAUUAUCAUUGUCAAUGUGUGGAGGGAUAUAAAGGGGAGGAUUGCGCAACAAAAAUAUCAGACCCGUGUUCAUCACAAUCAACGAUUAUUAUCGCGUUGAGUUGCGUUAUUGGAUUUCUAUUGUUGGUUGUUGUAGCAACAGUGAUAUACUUCGUCAGAAGGCAACCUGUUGUUGAUAAAAAUGUUGGUCAACACUGCAACAAAGCAUUUAAAGAUGAUGCUGUGUACGAACAUAUUGAAGAUGUCUAUGUUGGUUAUAAUAUCGAGAAAAACAAACUUUUAGAGCGAUUCGAAAAUCUAAGUUCCAAUUCUAAUGUUGGAUUUGUUAUACAGUUCGCCGAGAUGGCAAAGGAAUUGAAUUUUACAAGUAGAAUUCGUUCCAACAAUAUUUUCAAGAUACCGAGCGAGGCAACAGAGGGGGCGUAUGUAAAUGAGGGAAACCCCCAGGUUUUUAUCGCGAGUCACGUCGAUUGUUCAAAAUUAUGGAAUUUGAUUAUGACGCAACAAUGCUGGGUGGUUGUUGGGUUUCCGGAAACAAACAAUCAGUUUUACCCCGACGUGAAAGUUUGUGCAACAUACGGGAACGUCAAAGUUUUGACAAACAAGAAAAAAAGUUUCAAAUAUUUUUCCAUCGUUGAAAUUGAAGCUUCCAACCAAACGACUCACUAUGAGAGUGUUUCUCGGAAAAUAAAGUUGUUUGAAUUCAACAAUUGGUCCGAUUGUGAUGUCAUCAAUAGUAGCUUUGUUUGGUUCGUGAACAAAGUUUCGGAAAGUUUGUUGAAAGUUUCCGAUGAUUCGUCGGUGAUUGUUUACGGAAGUGACUCAGCAACUUCAUUGUUCGUCGCGUAUCAACGACUAACCCGAUGUUUGAAACACCAAAACCAAGUCAACAUUUUUCAACAAGUUGCUCAACUCAGAAAACUAAAUGUUUCGUUCUUCGCUAACCUGGAAUGCUACAUCUUACUCCACCAACUAUUAGUUGAACAGCAACAUCUCGGCAACACUGACUUAAGUUUAUUGGAAGUUAAGGAAUCCAGGUCACCCAGGGUUCGACGGGAAUUUGAAUUCCUCCAAAAGACGGUGAAGCAUGAAGUUCACGCAUCAGUGACUUUGAUCAGUAACUGUGGAACAACAUUGGUGUUCGUCAACCCUGUGGAAAAAGUUGAAACAUUUUGGACGAAAAUUUUUGUUGAAAACCCGGAUUUGAUUGUUAGUUGUGACAAAACAAAGAGUUUACGAGAUCUUGGAUUCACCGAUGGAUUGAACUUAAAUUUCGGGGAAAUGUCGUUGGAAUUAAAACAUGACGCAACUUCAGUUGAAAUAAGAAGGAAUGAUUCCAAGCACACAGUUGCUUUGAAAUAUUUGGAAACAACACGCAGCAUUGAGGAUUUGAUUUCAGCUUCAAAUAAUUUCCGACGAUUUUGUCAAAAAGUUACGGGGGUUGUCGUGGUUACUAGUUGGGAAAGUGUAACAAUGGUGGCAUUGUCUCAACUCAUUGAAAGAAUCGAAUCCGAAUCAAAAUUUGACGUUUUCCGUGUCGUACGAGAUCUGGGGUUGAAGGUCACAAUGGAACAAUACGAGUUACUUUACAAGUGUUUGUCGCAUCAUGGAUCUGAUCUAUACGCCAACACUACUUGUUGAUUCCAUUAUAAUGCAAUAUUAACCAUUGUUGGUGUUGUUAUGACGUAAAAAUCACUUGUUAUGAUUUUAAUUGUUGUUUGAACUAUCUUUGUUACGCAAUAAUACAAUUAUUUACUGUA